AUGAAGGGGGGCACUCGGAUGCGCGAUGAUGUCAUCGUUUCCCUUCCCUUAUUUAAGCAUUUACUAGUUCUUGAGAACGUAGUUUUCUGCGCCGUCCUAAUCGGGGGGCAAGCAUUGCGACUAUCAAGGACACUCGCAAGAUGCUUGAGCAAUAUUCUGUGCUGGUAUGUCUCGAAGGCAGGUCCUUCCACGAGCCCACUCCCUCCUUUACCUAUCAAGCCCUUCUACAGCGUUAUGCAUAAUUCGGUUUGGUAUGCGACUGCUAUCGGCGCUAUUGCCGCGUUGUUUCUCUGCUUCUACUUGCGCAAGAAAUUGAUCUAUUUUAUUGACUUCUUUAUAACCUCUUACUGUUUAAAGAAUAUUUACUACCGCCGCAUUUGCACCCACCUACGAUGGUCAAACACAACUACGUGGUUUCACGGGCUCCUGGUGGGCAUCUUUCUUGCUGGCAAUGCGACAUACCUCGUUAUCAACCGCGAGCAACUUUUACAGCAGUCAGGGGUGCUCUCCGUAGUUAACCUUAUUCCUGUCGCUCUAGGAGGACACAUGAACCUUAUCGUGGAUGUCUGUGGCAUCACAUUAGAGGAUUAUAAUCGAAUGCAUCGUUGGGUCGCGCGGGUCGCUGUAAUUGAAGGCCUCCUCCACUCGGUACUAGCGGUGGCCUCUCAGCCGCCAAACCUGCACAAGCCUGGCGAAGUUGCGGCCGUCGUGGCUGCACCUGCUAUGAUGGUCGCGUUGGCGAUAGCCUCCAUUUCCCUCUUCUGGCGACGCUUCUACGAGACUUUCCUGCGGGUGCAUCAGGCCCUGGCUGCGGUGCUUGUAAUCGGGAUCGGCCUCCACAUCCCACGGGGAUUUUUUAAAAUCCCGGCCAUGUAUCUGCUCAUAGCCUGCUGUGCUUGGUUGGGCCUGCGGCUCGUCCGAGUCAUCGCGAUAUUGUUUCGGAAUUUUUGGAACGGCGGAUUCCCGUCUCACGCGGUCAUCUGGUCAGUUCCAGAUGCGGUCCAUGUCCACGUCAAGGUUGCUCGGCCGUGGGAUUAUAGAGCAGGUCAGUUCCUGUAUCUUUGCCUCCCCGGUGUCUCUUGGAUGCAAUCACAUCCGUACUCUGUUUCCUGGUGGUAUACGGAUAACAAGGGGCAUAACGUGAUAGUGCUCAUUAUAAGUUGCCAGAGGGGUUUCUCAAGAACCCUCUGCGAGCACUCAAGCGGGAAUCUCAUCCUCGGGACCACUCAAAAGAAAGAUAAAAGCCCUCGUCUACUCUUAGCCACCGAUCCCGGUGGCCGGCCGGGGAAGGAGCUGUUGGCUCUUGUCGAGGGACCGUACGGGCAGGGCGUUCGCCUUGGCGAGUAUGGGACGGUUCUGUUAUGUGCCACCGGAAUAGGCAUAGCUGCUAUACUCCCCUUGAUCAAACAAUUUCUCGAUGAAUUCCACAAUUGGGAUGUCAAGGCACGCAAAAUCGCCUUGUACUGGGAGGUUGACUCGGAGCGGCACCUUUUAUGGACUGGAAAUUGGAUGACAGAGCUCCUCUCGCAAGAUACAGAAUACAUCAUAAACAUAUACGUCUAUAUCACCGGGGACUACGUAACUCCUGGCGUAACACAUGGUGCGGAGGGGGAUGGGGGCAAGCACGGCAGGAUCAAGCUAAGGUACAGGGCUUUGGACAUAGAAGAUGUGACGAGGGCUGAGCUCCGUGUGCGAAGGGGCCGAAGCCUGGUGCUAUUAUGCGUAAGGGGUUCAGUCGGGAAUGACGCCCGGCAAAGUGUCCGAAAGAUGAUGGUCGGAGCCGAGGAGGAGAUUCGCCUCAUAGAGCUGCCAUUUAAACCUCGAUUCGCUUCCGCUCUCGGCGACACAUCCACCUAUAUUCCUCUAUUGAAUCUCAAGAAUGCUCUGUCUAAUCCUCAAUUCCGGGCGAUGGACGAUCAGCUUCGGGCGCAGGUCGCUGCUCAGGACCAGCGGAUAUACCAUGAGAAGAAAUCAAAGCAUCGCGGCACAGCGCUUGUGGAUCUCUCUGGUCUGCAGUUUGGGUUUGAGAUCAGCAACCCCAAAGCAGUACAGUUUUCAAAGAAGAAAGUUGUGAAGAAGCUCGUAACAAACUUCAAUUUAGAGGGCUGCCACCCUCUCGACGAUGAGUGCCACGUAUCCGCGCUAAUCUCUACACAUGAGCUCCAGGAGGCGGUCGACCGCUCCAAUAUCUCCAUCGAUGCCCUCCGGUCCGACACCCCCCCCCCGAAACUGAUCAUCCCCUCUUCUAGACCGCUGAGGUGUCUAUAUGGACGACACAGGGUACAAGCAGCAGGUCAGCAUAGGCAAGGCUGGUGGGUUGUAGACUUAUACUCUGACGACUCUAGCACUGAGCUUCAAACCCACCUGCGGGAGGGUUUCUCAAAUGCCACAAAUUUCUGUGACGGGGAGAUCCUGCGCCACAUUUUUCUAUACCAGGGCAAUGAUAAAUUGAACGAGAUGAAAUGGUGGGCGCGCCUGUCACCGGACAAGCGGCGGGACCUUAAGUUCAUCCUCAGAAUUCCAGGAUUCCCCGAGGUGUUUGCUGCCCUGAUGACCAUCACAGGCUUGUGGCCACCAUUUCACAUCGGUACCUUCCGGAGAUACGCGACCCUUAACUGCCCUGAACAACUCCUGACUUAUCUGCGACGGAUCCUCGCCGUAUUUUCGUUCAUCGCGGAUUGCAAUAGCGAGAUCAUGCAGCAGAUCGACCCUGCGACCGUCGAGGCCAUACAACUCCGAGCGCCGCUGGUAUCGACCCAGGACGCGGCGUUCAUCAACGACCAGAUGGCAUCCGGGACCCUCUUUCAUUCAGUAACAGACCCAUCAGCGCGAGAAAAGAUAAGGUGCAAUAUCAUGAGGGUAGACCACCUCAUCCCGUCUCUAUCAACCUUCUGCGAAGACACGAAAUACCUUGAGCCCUGCGCAAUUACGAUGAAGCUCUUGGUUAAGCUGCAACCAAGGGAAACCAUCGACCGGGCGUUCUUUCGGAUCUGGACUCGUCCUGAUGGGCCCUUUAUCCGGCAAGAUGGCGAGCAGCAUUUCACCCCGAUCGAGGGCGAUGAGGCUAGCCGCUUCCGCUACUCUCUCUUGCAGCUAUUCCUCAUGUGUAUGCGGGGCUUUCCGCAAAUGGUCAACAUUGCCUGCAGGAAGGAUGUGGAAGAUGUCAAACCUGCCGUGACGGAGCCAAACUCUAUCACCAUCUACCGGCUUGCGGCUUUUGCGCACAAGCUGGGCUUCGACUCGGAAGAGAUCCGAAAUCUAUUGGCAAGUGAUCCCGAGGUGCAAGAGAUGUGCAUUUGCCUAAACCGCCUCGAGUCAGAUGGCGAGGCGGAUGAGGCUCAGCUGAAAAGCGACGCUCGAGAGCUCCUCCACCUUUGGCAAGCGCAAAAGGGUCGACGAUCGAACGCCACCAGUGCGUCCGAACCCAAACCCAUCCUGGCGAUUGAUACCGUCGACCAGCAGCUGUUACAGCGAUGCGGCCGCCCGUUUAACCGAGCCCACAAGUGCGACAAGAGAUUCCUAUUCCUGCGCUGGAUUUACGAGACGAGCGAGUCACGUGGUCGCUAUAUUACCUCCUUUUUUGUCAAGAGAUCUAUUUUCGUCUCGUUCUUUGGGGAGGGUGCUGCCAGCGGCCCGACGCUGGUUAAGCCGCACCUACCAGAGAAUGCGGCCACCGGUUUAAUAACCAAGAAUGCCCAACAACUACCUGAAUGCGCGACGGCUCUGGUGCUGCAAGGUGACGGCUAUGGCUCCCCGAUGGAGGGGGCGAGCACGACGAGCUCACCUGCUGUAAAUGCUAUUGCCGGCGAUGAUAUUGAAAUGCCUGACAACAGAGAUUACGCGCAAGUGACCCCGGAAAAGGCAAUAUUCAUUGAGGGAGGUCCCGCGAGCAUGGAGGUUGACUUUACGGAAAGCGGGGUGAUUAAGGCGGAAAAGGCAAUAUUCAUUGAGGAGGGAGGUUCUGCGAGAAGGGAGGUUGACUUUACGGAAAGCGAGGUGAUGGCGGCUGCCAGCACGUUCGCAUCUGAGAGAUACCGCCUCAUUUACAAAGGGAACGGGCACCAGUCAAUUGUUCUCCCUAAGCAGUGUUACCAUGCUAUGCGUGACGGACUGAGGAGAGAAAUAUGGUGUCGAAUUCUGCCUCAGGACGUUGAUCGGGUUGAGGAAUAUGCGGGGAAGACCCGAAAAGUAAACGACCUGGGUACAGGCAAAAAAUUUCUACAGAUAACCUUUCAGGAUAAUGUCGAAACCGGGGCAGAUGAUGAAGAGGAACUCUACCACCCUCCUACUCCGCCCUCAUCGAAGCCUGAAGUCCCCAUCCACACCGGGGCAACGCCAAAAUCCGCUCCACCAAACAGAGCCAAGCGGCAGCGAGCUUUGGACGAGCGCGACCCUCCCGAAGGCAAGGCCGAGCCCACUGGUCAGCUGCGGCAUGGAGAUCCUUGGUCGCUCUACAGUCCAGCAGUAUAUUUGGAUGAAGCCGGCGAUGUAACUGGAGCAUACAGUCGCCAGGGUCUUGUGAGACUUAUAAUCCGGACAUCUACACGUUUUGGAGGAGAAAGAAUUCACGACCUGCUUCAGAUCCGCCACAAACAUAUCGUACCAUUAUACGACGCCUUUCAGAGUACCGAGACGUAUUUAGUGUACGAAAUGAUGCACAUAUCCCUUGAUGUCUUGAUUGGUUGUGAUCUAGCGUUAAGAGAGCCACAGGUUGCUAAAAUUUGUUCCGAGCUACUUCAGGCCAUCUGCUAUCUAGCUUCGAAGGGCCUUGUGCAUGGCAAUUUGAUCUCCUCGAACGUGCUAUUUAACAGAUCAGGGGAAACAAGGCUUGGUAGUGUUUACCAUAGGUCUAUUAAACCGAAGGCUAACCUACCAACUUCAGCCAGGGUUCAUGACUCUACUCAUGCUCAACCAGCGUCCACUUCGAGCUCUCGCGACGUAUGGUCCCUUGGGCGGCUUAUGCUAGAGAUGGUAGAACCCUGGAAUACCAUCGUCCCAGAUUUUGAGGUGGGUGACACGCUUAAAUUUUCUAAUCCGGGAGACUGGUCGGCAGAGGCCACAGAUUUUCUCCGUAACACAUCAACGGUCUCUGCUCAAGAUCUUACUGCUCAUGGGUUCUUGAGAAGGAUUGACUCUGACGACAGUGGUCUAGAAGCUAAUAUGUGGCUUGGGAAUCUUACUGUAAUGAAAUUAUGGACACCUAUUAUUGAGUAA